CCCUGGGUGUGGUGAGGGUGGGUCAGCUGCACUUUCGUUGAUGCGGGUUGUCAUCCCUUGACGGUGGCCUUGGGCUGUGGGUCCAAAGUUGCUUGGUCUCCCAGGCAGUGUCUGACCUGGGAUGGGAGCCUGGGGGCUGCUGCCCCAUCCCACAUCCAUCCCCACAGCCCCUGCUCCAGCAGUGUCCCCAUGGACAGCCUUGCUUAUGGAGUGGCCGCUCUGUGUUUUCUUCAGAAAAAGGAAAAAAAGUUCCCUUUCUUUACUGCUUAGCUCAUUCUUAAACAUUUAUAUUAGGGGGGUUUGCGGGGAGGGGAAAUAAUUGUGUAAUGUCUUAGGAGCAGGGGAGCAUUCCAAAAGCAUGACUGCGGGGCCUUUUCCAGCACUAGCACUCUGGCAGCCACGUCUCUCAGUGGCCGCCAACCUCCCUAAACCCAGCCCCAGCCUUCCCACCCCUCCGGGAGAACGGGACUGUGAUCCCUGGCUUGCAUCUGUGUGGAGUGGGCUGCGAGCAGGGGCUUGGCUGAGCCCCCUCAAGCUAAUAUCCCUGGGAAAGUGUUCCAGUUGGGAAACUGGACACUAGAGGCAGUGGUGUGGCUGGCUGCGUAUCAUGGGGACUAGUUGCGUUUUGUUUCUAUUUUGCCAAGUGCUUUUGGUGUCCAAACAGUUUCAGUUUAUGUCCAGCUCCUCCUCCUCAGCUCAGGUAGACACUGCAUGAGAUUUUAUGGACUUCUGCUUGAAUCCAGGUUCCUGACAGCUACAGCUUCUCCAGGGAAAUAUGUAAGUGAAAAUAAGCCAAGUCACUAUCUUGCUACAGGUUAUCAGGAACCUUUAACCAGGGUUACCUUCCGACUUGCUGUUUGCACUGGAGAGGCGCACUGACAUGAAAAGUAAGGAUUUGUAUUAGCAAAUAGUGAUCGGUGCUGGGGCAGGCAGGCGUUGCACAAGUACAGGCAUCUGCUGAUAUUGUGGCAUGUUGUUGGGAGCUUUCAACAAGACAUUUGCGCUACCGUGAGGCUGGGAAGGCUGUCACUACUGCAGGAGGUAAAAUAAGAACAUGGUAUGAUGUCCUUUGGAAAAGGAGCGAUGGCAGCCAUCAGGAAGAAGCUGGUGAUCGUGGGAGACGGUGCCUGCGGAAAGACGUGUCUGCUGAUCGUGUUCAGCAAGGACCAGUUCCCCGAGGUGUACGUGCCCACCGUGUUUGAGAACUACAUUGCUGACAUCGAGGUGGAUGGGAAGCAGGUUGAGCUGGCCCUGUGGGACACAGCAGGACAGGAGGACUAUGACAGGCUGCGGCCCCUCUCAUACCCCGACACAGACGUAAUCCUCAUGUGCUUUUCCAUCGACAGCCCGGACAGCCUCGAGAACAUCCCUGAGAAGUGGACGCCAGAGGUGAAGCACUUCUGCCCCAAUGUGCCCAUCAUCCUGGUGGGGAACAAGAAGGACCUGCGGAACGACGAGCACACGCGGCGGGAGCUGGCCAAGAUGAAGCAGGAGCCAGUGAAGCCGGAGGAGGGGAGGGACAUGGCCAACAGGAUCAAUGCCUUUGGCUACCUUGAGUGCUCGGCCAAGACGAAGGAAGGGGUGCGGGAGGUGUUCGAGAUGGCCACCCGUGCUGGCCUGCAGGUCCGGAAGAACAAGAAGCGCAGAGGCUGCCCGCUGCUGUGAGCGGCCCCAGCUGGCACCGGCACCUGGCUGCCCUGCAGACAGCCCACGCAGCACCUUGUGGUGCCACUACGUGCCCUGAACCCUUUGCACCACAGCUGCCACCCACACCCGCAGGGUGUCCCUGUGACAUUCCGGGGCCAGGAGGGGCCAGUGCCUUCAGUACCUGCUGUUCUCCAUGGGCUGGGCGUUUGUCGCUCCCCGUGUCGCCCUGGUUUGUGCUGAGCUCCCUGGUUUUGCCUUUCCCACGGGCAUUGCUGUGGUGUUGCUCUCCUUCCCCAGCUCGGGGCAGGUGCCACAGAAGCAGGAGGUGCUAGUCACAGCUCCCGUGUGGGCUGUGCCAGGCCCUUGGUGUGCUUUGCCUGCUCUCCUUGGCUGUGCAGGCAGCACACAGAAGCGUUACAGACUUGCCUGGGCAGCUUUAGCCCUGGCUGUGAGCAGUGCUGGGCUCAGCUGCUGCCAGGAGCUCUGCUCCCGGGACGUGUGCCCAGCUCUGCCGGUAUCGCCUUUGAGUCUGCCUCGGUCAUGGACCUGGCAGCAGUAAACAGAGCUGCAUAACUGGGAGAAUAAAUGCAAACCAGUAUUUUAGUAAUGGUAA